UCUUUCACAGGCGGAGUUGUGCGGCGCGAGGACAGACUGUACUGCGCCAAGCAGUUCGCGCUGUUACCGGGCCGCGGAGGGAUACAAGCGUUUCGCAGGCAGUGUAGUGCGGCUCGUGAGUUAGGAACGCCGGUCCUUUUGGUGGCGUGGUAAAUCCACUCGUGAUGCUCGGAGUGUGACCGCGACGUUUCUUUUACAGCAAGGCUCACAAAACGCGACUGGGGCUGUUCGUAGACGUUUUCGCCGAGCUUGAAUUUACGACAGCCCCGUUAGGAACGGCAACUUGUCGGUGACGCACUCACCUUAAGACUCCAUUGCAUUCCCGCUUGUCUUACCUCAAGACUGGUCGUUCCACCAUUUUCUCUUUCUUCCCCCCUUUUUCCCCUCCCGUCCACUGCAAGACGUUUUAAGGGUGCUCCAGCGGAAAGAGCACACCUCUCAACCUGCGAGGAGGAUAAGAAGAGUGACUGCGCCAACAUGGGGUAUGGCCGGUCAGACAGUUACCGCGUUGCCACCACACAGGACAAAGAUGACCGAUCCCCCAAGAAGAAGAAGGGGGGGGCUACGGGAACUAAAGACAUGGACGACCUGAAGAAGGAAGUGCCCAUUACGGAACACAAGAUGUCCGUAGAAGAAGUUUGCCGGAAAUUUCAGACGGACAUUGUCCAGGGACUGACCAAUGCCAAGGCAGCAGAGGUUCUGCUCAGGGAUGGCCCCAACGCACUCACUCCGCCCCCCACCACCCCGGAGUGGGUCAAGUUCUGUCGCCAGCUCUUCGGCGGCUUCUCCAUCUUGCUGUGGAUCGGCGCCAUCCUCUGCUUCUUGGCCUACGCCAUUCAGGCCGCCACCGAGGACGACCCCGCUGGAGACAAUUUGUACCUAGGUAUUGUGCUCACGGCCGUCGUCAUCAUUACCGGUUGCUUCUCGUAUUUCCAAGAGGCCAAGAGCUCCAAAAUCAUGGAGUCUUUCAAGAACAUGGUGCCUCAGCAAGCGCUGGUGAUCCGAGAGGGAGAGAAGGUCCAAAUCAACGCGGAAGAAGUGGUGGCCGGAGAUCUGAUCGAAGUGAAGGGAGGAGAUAGGAUCCCCGCCGACAUCCGGGUGGUUUCAGCACACGGCUGCAAGGUGGAUAACUCCUCCCUAACCGGUGAAUCAGAGCCUCAGAGCAGGUCACCCGACUGUACCCAUGACAACCCCUUGGAAACGCGAAAUGUGGCUUUCUUCUCUACCAACUGUGUGGAAGGCACGGCGCGUGGCAUCGUCAUCUGCACUGGAGACCGCACGGUCAUGGGUCGCAUCGCUACCCUGACGUCUGGCCUGGAGACGGGCAAGACCCCCAUCGCCAAGGAGAUCGAGCACUUCAUCCACAUCAUCACUGGCGUGGCCGUCUUUCUGGGCGUCACCUUCUUCGUCCUGGCCCUCAUCCUAGGCUACAGCUGGCUGGAGGCUGUCAUCUUCCUCAUCGGCAUCAUUGUGGCUAACGUGCCCGAAGGCCUGCUGGCUACCGUCACUGUCUGUCUGACCCUGACCGCCAAGCGUAUGGCGAAGAAGAACUGCCUGGUGAAGAACUUGGAAGCUGUGGAGACGUUGGGCUCCACCUCCACCAUUUGCUCCGACAAGACGGGCACCCUGACCCAGAACAGGAUGACCGUGGCCCACAUGUGGUUCGACAACCAGAUUCAUGAGGCCGACACCACCGAGGACCAGUCUGGCGCCUCGUUCGACAAGAGCUCGGUGACGUGGCAGGCGCUGGCCCGCAUCGCCGCUCUGUGCAACCGCGCUCAAUUCAAGGCGGGACAGGACUCGGUGGCCAUCCUCAAGCGCGACGUGGCUGGCGACGCCUCCGAGUCGGCCCUGCUCAAGUGCAUCGAGCUGUCCUGCGGCUCGGUCAGGAUGAUGCGGGAGAGGAACAAGAAGGUGGCCGAGAUCCCCUUCAACUCCACCAACAAAUACCAACUCUCCGUGCACGAGACGGAGGACCCCAAUGACAACCGCUACUUGCUGGUGAUGAAGGGAGCCCCCGAGAGGAUCCUGGAUCGCUGCUCGACCAUUUUGCUGCAGGGCAAAGAGCAGCCCAUGGACGAGGAGAUGAAGGAGGCCUUCCAGAAUGCCUACAUGGAGUUGGGAGGACUGGGAGAGAGAGUGUUGGGCUUUUGCCACUUAAUGCUGCCAGAGGACCAGUACCCGAAAGGCUUCGCCUUCGACACGGAUGACGUCAACUUCCAGACGGACAACCUUUGCUUUGUGGGUCUCAUGUCCAUGAUCGACCCUCCCCGCGCCGCCGUGCCUGAUGCCGUGGGCAAAUGUCGAUCUGCUGGUAUCAAGGUCAUUAUGGUCACUGGAGAUCAUCCAAUAACAGCAAAGGCCAUCGCCAAGGGAGUGGGCAUCAUCUCCGAGGGCAACGAGACGGUGGAGGACAUCGCGGCUCGUCUCAACAUCCCCGUCAGUCAAGUCAACCCCAGGGAUGCCAAGGCUUGCGUUAUCCAUGGCACUGACCUGAAAGAUCUCUCUCAGGAUCAGAUGGACGACAUCUUGAGGAACCACACUGAAAUUGUCUUUGCCAGAACCUCCCCUCAGCAGAAACUGAUCAUUGUGGAGGGCUGCCAGAGACAGGGUGCCAUCGUGGCUGUGACAGGCGAUGGCGUGAAUGACUCUCCUGCCCUCAAGAAGGCCGACAUCGGCGUCGCCAUGGGAAUCUCGGGCUCUGACGUGUCCAAACAAGCCGCGGACAUGAUCUUACUGGAUGACAACUUUGCUUCCAUUGUCACUGGAGUGGAAGAAGGCCGUCUGAUCUUUGACAACCUGAAGAAGUCCAUCGCCUACACGCUGACCAGCAACAUUCCAGAGAUCACACCCUUCCUCCUGUUUAUCAUCGUUAACAUUCCUCUGCCACUGGGCACCAUCACCAUCCUCUGCAUUGACCUGGGUACCGACAUGGUCCCGGCUAUCUCGCUGGCCUACGAAGCAGCAGAGAGCGAUAUCAUGAAGCGUCAGCCUAGGAACCCCUUCAGGGACAAGCUGGUGAACGAGCGCCUCAUCAGCAUCGCCUACGGACAGAUCGGUAUGAUCCAGGCCCUGGGUGGCUUCUUCUCCUACUUUGUCAUCUUGGCCGAAAAUGGCUUCCUGCCCAGCCGGUUGGUGGGCAUCCGCCUGGACUGGGACGACCGCGCCUGCAAUGACUUAGAGGACAGCUACGGACAGCAAUGGACGUACGAGCAGAGGAAGAUCGUGGAGUUCACGUGCCACACGGCUUUCUUCGUCAGCAUCGUGGUGGUACAGUGGGCCGACGUCAUCAUCUGCAAGACCAGACGCAACUCCGUCUUCCAGCAGGGCAUGAAGAACAAGAUCUUGAUCUUCGGCCUGUUUGAGGAGACGGCCCUGGCUGCCUUCCUGUCCUACUGCCCCGGCAUGGAUGUGGCCCUCAGGAUGUACCCCCUCAAGCCUUCCUGGUGGUUCUGCGCCUUCCCUUACAGUUUCCUCAUCUUUGUUUAUGAUGAAAUUCGAAAGCUCCUCAUCCGCCGGAACCCUGGAGGUUGGGUGGAGAAGGAGACUUAUUAUUGAUCGUUGGAGCAUCUUGUUCCUCAUCGCCCCAAAACAUUCCCCUUCCCUUCCCUCCUCCCUCAUCUUCUUCCACUUACUUCACCACCUCCAAAUCACCUUCCCCUUCCCCCACCCAAGAAAAAAAAUGCUUUGAAGCAAUUUUCAUCCCAACUGCCCCAAAGAUUCAAAACAGCAAAAGCACCUUUACAACUUUCGACAUACACUCCACCCCUCCCUUGCCCUCGUCACUGCCCCCUCCCAUAUGAUAGUCUUUGCAUGUGUUCUUUCACUGCUGUGUACAUAAACCAGUAUAAUAAUAAUAAUAAUAACAAUAAUAAUAUCUACCAAACGGCAGCUGCAUAUUGUCUUAUGUAGAUUCCAAGGAGCCGAUUCGGCUGAAAAAGGGCCACCCUGCUCUCCCAUGUCCCUCCAAUCUACCCCACCCCCAUCCCACCCCCUCAUACACACACAAAUAGCCAUCACACUGACUGACUCCCACCUGCGCCACAGUGUUGUUGUUGUGUUAAUUUUUUUUUAAUAUGUCAGGUAGGGGGACUGUUUCACUGUUUUUUUUGUUUUGUUUUUUUUAAAUUCUAUUAUUAUUAUCACGGAGGGGUAGAGGGCAUACCUUGGCACCCCAACCCCCACACUCCAGUCUCCCCCCCAACCCCCUCUUCUUGUCUCUCGUUUGUGUACACUGUGUGACAGCAUUGUUCUUGUUCUUACUAUGAAACCGCCACCCACCCACCCACCGUCACAUCACCAAUCUUUCUGUGUGCUCUAGGAAAUCUAUAUAAUUCUAUACUGAAUUUAAAAUGACACCCAUACAAUAAAAGAUGGGAAAUGUUCGGGGGGAAAAAAACGAAAUAAGAAAACAACCCAUUUUAUUAAUCCAAUUCUUUUGGCCCAUUCCGUUUCAAAAUGGGCGCCACUGCUGUCGGUGUGCGCUAUGGUGGAGAUGAUGAUGAUGAUGAUGAUCAUGUGUGAGGAUGAAGAUGACAGUCCUGGUCCGCAUGUGUGCGGUCUCAGGCUGACUGCCUUAAGGUUGUCGUUCAAGAUCAAUUGAAAAGAAUCCAAACAAAGGCUACUUGUUAAGAACAAACGUGUGUCAAAGAAAUGAAAGCAACACCAAUAAAACAUCUAGAAACAUUUAAUACAACCUCA